AUGAGGUGCAGGUGCGUGGAAGCCGUGCGGAAGGCGGCGUCGGAGUGGGGAGUGAUGCAUAUUGUCAACCACGCCAUCCUUCUGAAGCUGAUCAAGCGCAUGCAGGAGGCCGGGGAGAGAUUCUUCUCGCUGCUCGUGGAGGAGAAAGAGCGUUACGCCAAUGACCAGUCGUCGGGAACAUCCAAGGCUACGGCAGCAAGCUUGCAAACAAUGCCAGCGGCCGGCGAGCGUGGCAGGACUACUUCUUCCACCUCGCGCAUAGUAUAAAACUUUUUCCUUCGGUAUAAAAAUCACAGUAAAUAAACAUGUUUCAUCAUAAUAUCUAUUUUAGGUCAUCAUUACAGUUGAUACUUGCUUGAUUUCAUGCUGGACAUGUUCCAUAAUGACAUUCUACGUUUACUGACUGCUCAGAUGCAGUCUAAGCAUCAAGCCCAACAUCAUGGUAGGAAACGUCGGCAGAAAUAUUUUAGGCAAUCAGUCCCUAAUUGCCAAGAAUGGGAAACUAGAAACUGUGGUCAGUAUAAGAAGAAAGGAAUUUGCCUUCUACUCUUUUGACUCUUCUCUCUUUAUUUUGUUUCUUUCAAUGUGGAUAUUACCAUGAAUUCAUCAAAAUUCAAAGUGACAAAUAAACAUGCACGAAUAGUAUCUGGCCCAAAGAGCCGUCCAACUACGCGUAAGAACCUACACAUUGCUCUUGUCUGGCUCUCUUAUUUUUUUCUCUUUAUUUUCGAGUUUUCAAUCAGUUGUCUGUCCUUUCCGCCUCCCUUGCUGUCUAGGUGAGGAGACGAAGGACUUCGUACGGCAGCUUAGACCGGUGGUUAACAAUAUGUUGGCCAUGCUAUCUGCGGGGCUCGGCCUGGAGGAAGGCAAGCUGGAGGAGGAGCUGGGCGGGAUGAGUGAUCUCCUUCUGCAGAUAAUGCCAAACAUGGCCGUGGGUGUUCCGGCCCACACGGAUGUGAGCGCCCUUAGCUUCAUCCUGUACAACAUGGUGCCGGGCCUUCAGGUCCACCAUGGAGGCCAGUGGGUGACGGUCGGAUCCUUGCCAGACACCAUCAUCAUGCACGUCGGCGACGUCAUCGAGAUCCUCAGCAACGGGAGGUAAAAGAGCAUCCUUCACCGCGUCCUCGUCAACAAGGAGAAAGUUCGCAUCUCCUGGGCUGUUUUCUGCGAGCCCCCGCCAGAUAAGAUCGUUCUUAAGCCCUUAGCCGCGCUUGUUCACGAGGGAUCGAUGGCUAAGUACCCGCCUCGCACGUUCUGCGAGCCCCCGCCAGAUAAGACCAUAAGCUCUUCCAGCUAG